CUUCAAUCAAUCUCACACACAAAAGUGGACAAAACAUAUAUAUCUAAGCAUAGUUCACACAUUCACUUCUUGAUUGAAACUGUGUAAAGACUUUGUCCUGAAAUUAUGCCGAGGUCCUUAGAUUCGCUCUCUGUAGGCAGAGUCAUAGGUGAAGUUGUAGACGAUUUCGUGCCUUGUGUUAGUUUGACUGUGAUCUAUAAUGGUAACAAGCAGGUUGCUAAUGGCCAUGAGCUGAUGCCAGCUGUCAUCACGGCCAAACCAUGGGUCGAUAUAGGCGGUGACGACAUGAGGGCUGCUUAUACUCUCGUGAUGACUGAUCCUGAUUUUCCAGGCCCUAGUGAUCCGUACUUGAAGGAACAUCUCCACUGGAUUGUUACAGACAUUCCAGGUACAACUGAUGCAUCUUUCGGGAGAGAGAUUGUGAGCUAUGAGGCACCAAGACCAGUCAUUGGAAUCCACCGUUAUGUGUUUGUUCUGUUCAGACAGAGAGCAAGGCACAGCGUGUGGGCCCCAGCUUCGAGGGAUUAUUUCAACACGAAGAGGUUUGCAGAAGAGAACGGCUUAGGUUUGCCAGUGGCUGCAGUUUACUUCAAUGCACAGAGAGAGACUGCAUGCAGACGAAGAUGAUUAUUAAACCAUAAUAAAGAGAAAAAUGAAAAAUACUGUUUGUGAAGAGUUUCUGUUCUGUGUGGUCCUAAUGUUUUGGUUUAUCAUAAACUAUUUUUAGGUUUGUGUGAUGUUUCAUACUGUGUGUACUAGGGAUAAAAUGAGUGUUGGUGCUGGUGUGUUGUAAUAAAUAAUAAUCAUGAUUGUUAAUCACUGUUUUUAUUUACUUGUUUUUUGAAGACUUGUCUUCUAAUCAACAGUAAUGGAAGAAUAAAUACAAGAAUUAGUUAAAGUCCAUAACUAAACAUUUUUCACUUUCUGAGUUAGAGUUCUAAAAGAUAUGAACAAACAGUGUGCAUUCAUGGGAAUUCAUUUAGCAACAAACAAGAAUACUUUUCUUUACAUACUCCUCAAGAUUCCUAAAACACCACAUACAACAAGAACCAAUACUUUGUCAACAAACCAGAAAACACAUCAAACAAAUCUAACAACACUCACAUUUAGCAUACCUAAAAAUCUUAAACCAGCUUACAAUUACCUAAAAA